AUGAUGUCCAUCGCAGCACUCAUUCAGGCAGCAGAAUAUCUGGAUCGCAGGGAAAGAGAGGCAGAACAUGGAUACGCGUCGUCUCUUCCUCUUCCACAUGAUCUCAGUCUAAGUCUGAGUCGUCGGAGAACUAAAUCCAAGAAAUCUCAGGGAAACAGACGGGCACAUUUGCGCAAUUGUCUCGAGAAACUGAAGGAAAUGGUACCUCUGGGGCCGGAGUCGAGUCGACACACAACUCUUGGUCUCCUAACCAAAGCCAAGGGCUUCAUUAAAAAUCUGGAGGAAAAGGAUCGCAAACACCAGACCACAAAAGAGCAGUUGCUUCGGGAGCAGAGGUAUCUCCGCAGACGGUUAGAUCAGUUACAAGAAAUUGAUUUCAAGGAUUCAAUGCACAAACGGAGAAGUAUUAGUGAAUGCAGUUCUGGCAUGUCGUCCAUUUCAUCCAACUCUGAACCAGAGACCACUGAGACUACCGAUGCGUACGAGACAUCAGAAAGUGGUAAGAAUAUCAAUGGAUCCCUUUGUCUUUGUCACCAACUGUUGCCCACAUUCAGUCCAGACCAGACUCGACUGUUGCACUCGUUCGCACUCUUUAAGGUGAAGGUCGACCACAACGAGCAGAAGGGAUGGCCGGUUAUAGAGAGGGGCCAAACAAAGAACUUUUCGCGUUAAUCGUUAAUCUAAGCUAAACGUCACGAACAGAGCCCAGCACUGGUCCGCGCUUUGGUGUCAUUACCAUUCAUAUGGUUUGCCACUAAAACGGAUGUUCAACAGCACCCACAGUCCACCACACCAUCAAUGAGACUAAAACAAUACAAUAGAAUAUUCAGUACAGUAUCGUAUCAAACAAAAUACAAAACACAUUCAAUUUGAUGGCAUCUGUAGGCAUAUACUCAACAUUUUAAAUAUAUUUAUAUUUAAGACAAUAAUAGCACACACAGCGAGGCUCUGAGGCACGGA